GUCUGUGCCCACACCUGUAUCUGCUCGCUCGAGGAAACAGCUGUGUGCGUUUAUUGACUGAGAGCUCAGAAAACGUCAGGUGAAAUUUCCAGAACACCUCAGAGCACAUGUGAUUGUACCAAGAUACUACAGCUGACCAGGUUACUUUUGAUGCAGUUUUCUGAAGAGAGUUCUGCUAGCAAUGUCUGGUGUAGAGGGGGACAAACAGUCAGUUUUCCGAACCACGAAGGUUCGUUCUGCUUUGAAAGGAGACAGCAGCUGGAUACAACGUAAUCAGGAAGCAAAUGCCGAGGAAGAGGAAAAACCAUGGAUGGCUGAGGUGCGAGCAAACCGCUCAAAUGGUGUUUUGACAGAAAACAGUCCUGAUACUUCACCUACGGCCAAAGUGUCUCAGCCCACAACCAACACAGAGAAACCAAAAGCACCAACAUCUGGAUACCUGAUCAGAGGGGUCUUCACCAAAACUGAUUCCAAGCCAACAUCAAAUUCAGCCAAUGGUUUUGCCGGAGUGAACAACUUCAUAAAAAAGCCGUCGGACACUUACAAGAAAAUAGCUCCUCAUACAGUUCGUCUGAACACUGAGAAGCCGGUGCAGUCUGAGCCUACUCUGAGUCCAGAGGAAGUGAAGAAAAGGACAGAGGCAGCCAGCAGUGUUCUCAAAGGCUCUUCAGCCAAUCGGCGUUCAUAUGUGCUCUCAGCUGCAAAGAAAUACGAGUCCUCAGACAAAUCCGACAGCCCUCCUCAGACGAGCACUUCUUUUGUUGCCAAAAGGGUAGUUAUCAAUGAUGAUAAUGACAUUGCUCCAACUGUACCUGCAAGUACAGUGUCUGUUCAGUCUGCCCCUCAGCAAAGUGUUAAAGCGAGCAUUGAAGAAACCCCUGUCCCAGCAGUGAAGGAGGUCAAGCCAGUAGCACCUGAAACUAAAUCUGAACCUAAACCUACAGCUAAAACAGCACCUGAACCUAAACUUACAUCAGAGCCUAAACCUACAACAGAAACUAAACCAGCACGUGAAACUAAAACAGCAUCUGAACCUAUACCUAAAACUACACCUGAGCCUAAAUCUAAACCUGAAAUUAAAAUGGCACCUACAUCAGAACCUAAACUAGUAGUUGAAAUUAAAACAUCACCUGUGCCUAAACCAGUGGUUGAACCUAAACCAGUGGUUGAAAUUAAAACAGCAACUGAACCAAAACCAGUGGUUGAAACUAAAUUAGUAGUUGAAACUAAAAUAGCACCAGUGCCUAAACCUAGACCUGAGCCUAAACCUAGACCUGAACCUAAACCAGCACCUGAAACUAAAACAGCGCCUGAAGUUAAACCAACAUCAGAACCUAAACCAGCGGCUGAACUGACUCCUGAGAAAAGUACUGAAAGUCUGAUUGCGCUGUCUCAUACCCUGAUAUCCUUCAAGACAGAGCCUGCCAGAACUAAUCCUAAACUGAUCCCAGAACAGAGUAAUGGCUUGCAUAAUGAUGACCUUCUAGAUCUUGCUAAGAGUACUGGUCAAGUGUCUGUGAAUCCUGAUAUAGAUCUGCUUAGUCAAGAACUGCUCACAGACAACAGUUCUCUGCCUCAGACAAAGCAGACAGUGAAAAAUCUGGACCUUCUCGCAUACGAUAUUAUUCCCAUCAAUACUAGUGCCACCAGAAUCAGCACAGAGUACACUAAUAGCCAGAAAACACAGAUGGUAAAACAGCCUCAGGAUUUUAUGAGCUCUGCUGAUCCAUUUGAUCCAAUUCCACGUGAGCCCACAAAGAGUUCCAAAGAUCCAGACAAUCAUCUUCAGAAGCCCUUAAACUUGGUUCCUGAUAUGCCCUCACAUGUUUUAGUUUCCCUUGCUGAUGAUGUCAUUCCAAUUGACACUGACAGGAGUAAGUGGAGAACUGACAUGGAAAGCACAACCUACACCAAAACAGUGGAAAGUCCUGAGCUGAAGUUGUUACCGGAAUCUGAGUCCAAAAUGGGCUUUGUCUAUGUUAAGGAAUAUGUGAACAAUUCACGUACUGACGGCAGCAGCUCUGAUUAUCUGACCUCAACAACUUCCAACUACAAUUACAGCAGCCCCAGUUACUACUCCAGCAGAGAAACGACGACUCCCUGUACAUACUGCGGAGAGCUGAUGGGAAAUGAUGGCAAGAUCACCAUUGAGCACCUGAACAUAUCCUGUCACCCAUCCUGCUUUAAGUGUGGGAUUUGCACGAAACCAAUGGGAGAUUUGCUCUACAAUAUGUUUCUCCAUCGUGGGGUCGUCCACUGUGAGAGCUGCUACUCCAAUGUCCUGUAAGGGUACCUGCUUACAUUCACUGUCUGAACAAAUUGAUUUUUCCACCCCAGUAUGGACGCCACUUUCCUUUUAGUAGGAAUUAGACUUUAUACUGCAAUGAAACAAGUUCCUCUUCACUGAUACAACAGAUGUAAGCAUACCACUGAAUUAAUUGCAUUGUGCAGAAUACCUGUAAUGAAAUACACCUGUUCAUGACAUAUGUUCAAAAGGUUUUCAAGUGCUAGAAUAGUUGAAACUCUGUUUCGGGGAUUCUAGGAUUCAUAUUUUUGUUCUGUGCUUUUGGAUGACUUAAAGUGUGCUUUUAGCCUCCAAAUAAGAAUGCAUUUGUCUUCUAUUUAAUCACCAAAAACCCAUUUUAAAGAAAUGUUUGUUUUUAGUAACUGUGAAUCUCUUAUGAAUUGAUGUAUUCUGCAUCUCAUUUACUGUAAAGUAACAUUCACACAUCAAUAAAGUUGUAUUCUCCUUUUAUUGUAUUGUUACAAAGAGUGUGCAAUAGAAUGUCUCUGUGAUUUCACCGUAAAUUCAAAAGAAAGAAAUAUCUAAAUAAGAAACGAGAAAAUUAAGCCUAUUACACUUAAAAAAACUGUUUAGCCUAUUUUUUAA